UCUUCUAAUGGUAUGAGCAGUCAAGACCCAAGAGUAAGAGAGCUCUACAGGAUUGAGCAAGGGGAUAUAGACUUGAGUGACCACUCCUAUGGGCUUCUCAUCAAGAACUUCACCUCUCCCCCCCACUCACUCUCCCUCGCCAAGCGCCUCCACGCCCAGAUCUCCAGACGCGGCCGCGACCACAACACAUUCCUCGGCAACUUGCUCGUGGACAUGUAUGCCAAGCUCGGCAGCCUCGAGGAGGCGAGCUCGGCGUUCCAGAGAAUCCAGCAGAGGAAUGUUUUCUCCUGGAACAUCCUCCUCGCAGCACAUAGCGCGAAUGGGGAUCUUGCAACGGCACAGAAGCUCUUCGACAAGAUGCCCGUGAGAGAUACCGUGUCCUGGAGCUCCAUGGUGGGAGCGUUUGCACAGCACGAGCUUUGCGACGAGGCUGUUUCGUUGUUUCGAGAGAUGCAGCUGGAAGGAUCCAAGCCGGACAGGAUAACUUUCAUCAAUGUGAUCGAUGCCUGUGCCGAGAAGCCGGCUCUCCAAGAUGGAAAGUUCGUCUACAGCGUUUUGGCCGAAGAUGGAUUGGAAUCCGACGUGAAAGUUGGCACCGCGCUGCUUAACAUGUAUGGGAAGUGUGGAAGUUUGCGGGACGCGGAAGCAUUGUUUGAGAAAAUGCCGGAGAGGAACGCUGUCUCUUGGAACGCACUUCUUUCAGCAUAUGCCCAGAACGGGCAUAUGGAAAGUGCGAGGGAAGUGUUUGGAAGUAUGCCUGAGAGGAAUGUGGUGUCGUGGACGGGGAUGAUGGCGGGGUAUGUCCAGAACGAGCUUUGCAAGGAUGCACUGGAGCUCUUUCUCUGGAUGGAGAACGAUGGCGUGAAGCCCAACGAGAACACUUUCAUCGCUCUUCUCGAUGCCUGCGCGAGCAUGUCAGCUCUUUCGCAAGGGAGAGUUCUCCACGCUCGAGUCACUGCGGUGGGAUUUGAUUCCAAGCUCAAGGUUGGGACUUGUGUUCUUGAGAUGUAUGGCAAGUGUGGUAGAUUGGAAGAGGCGAGAGUGGUGUUUGACAAGAUGGUGAACAAAAGUGUGAUCACCUGGAACGCGAUGAUCGGAUCGUACUCCCGGUUUGGACACUGGAGAGAAGCUCUGCGGGUGUUCUUGGCUAUGGCACAGGAAGGAGUGACGCCAACUUGGAUAACUUACAUCAGCGUUUUGGUCGCGUGUAGCCACUCGGGGCUCUUGAGCCAAGGGAAGGACUACUUCACUUCUAUGAGGCGGGACUUUUGCAUCGAUCCAACAAUCGAGCAUUACCACUGCAUGAUCGAUCUCGUUGGCCGGGCGGGAACUCUUGCCGAUGCUGAAGAACUCAUCCACAACAUGCCGUUUCAUUCGGACUCGGUGACUUGGGCGGAGCUCGUUGCUUCUUCUCGGAUUCAUGGAGACUUGCCAAAGUGUGAGCGUGCUGCCGAGAAUACAUUCGAGAUCGAUCCAAGGGACCCUGCUCACGUCAUUCUGUCCAACAUGUAUGCUGCGGCUGGAAAGCCGGCCUUGGUGAGAAAGGUGCGAAGAGACAUGAAGGAGAGAGGGGUGAAGAGUAGGCCUGGGUGUAGUUUUAUAGAGAUUGGCAACAAAGUUCACGAGUUUGUAUCGGGUGACUCGAUCCAUCCCUUGAACGAGGAGAUCCGGGCUAAAACUCGGGAGCUCCACGAGCGGAUCAAACAGGAGCUUGGGUACGUGCCAGACACGAAGGAGGUGCUUUACGACGUAGAUGAGGAGGUGAAAAAGAAGAUGCUGAGUUUCCACAGCGAGAAAAUGGCUAUUGCUUUUGGUGUUCUUGUGACAAGAGCCGGCACACCGCUGAGGGUCGUGAAGAACCUUAGAGUGUGCAUGGAUUGUCACACUUUUACCAAGCUGGUCUCCAAGUGCCUUGGAAGAGAGAUUAUCAUGAGGGAUGUCAAUCGGUUCCACUCGUUCAAAGGGGGUGUGUGCUCAUGUGGAGACUACUGGUGAUUUGUAUGUCUAUGAAAGGAAAGAAAUACAACCUCUGUUUGCCAAUCAGGAGGAAUGCAAAAGUAUACACGAGAAUCACGUCGACGUGAGAGAUGCACACAUUCUUGUGUAUAAAUGAGCUUAGCCAGAGAUUCUUCAAGUUCGAAAUGAUCCACCGCCAGAGCAAGCAUUUCCAGCCUUACUGAACGCACUCAUAUUUAUAUUAGUUUAGUUUCCAAAAUGGAGAAGCGUUUCCAAAUAACUUCCUAAUCUCUCAAUGCUAAAGACUUCAUCAAACUCUUUGAGGUUUCCUCUAGAAGUUAUCUUGCA